AUGGAUUCUAUGAAUAAUGUUCAAAUGCAUACGAGCCAGGGAGGAUUUAGUACGCCCAAAAAGAACACAAACAUACCUCUCUUCUCUUCGUCUUUUAUACCUGAAUGUGAUGAGCAUCUGAAGCCUAAAGUGGGUAUGACAUUUGAAGGACUCGAGGCUGUGGAGAAGUUCUACAAGGAAUAUGCGCAUCAAUCAGGUUUUGGUGUUCGCAUUGGACAACAAAAAAAGAUUGAUAAUAAGGUGGUCCGUACUAAGCGUUUCAUGUGUAAUAAGGAAGGAUUCAAGGCAAAAGAUAGUAAAGAGACUAAUGACCCCUUGAGGAAAAGGCGUAAGCAGACAGAUACGCGAUGCGGUUGUGAUGCCCAUAUCUUUGUUAGACUUUGUGGGGAGAACACCUACAAGAUAGACUCACUGAUUGAGCACCAUGUUCAUGGCCUUGUAUCGCCUAAUAAGCGUCAUUUGAUCAGAUCAAAUCGUAGAGUUAGUGAGAGGGCAAAAAAUACUUUAUACACAUGUCAUAAGGCAAGUAUUGGAACGUCGCAGGCAUACAGGCUCCUGCAAGUUAGUGAGGGUGGAAUUCCGAAUGCUGGGUGCACAAAGAGGGACUUGCAGAAUUACUACCGCGGACUCAGGUAUAAAAUCAGAGAUGCAGAUGCUCAAAUGUUUGUGGCCCAAUUAGCUAGAAAGCAGGAAGUGAAUUCAGCAUUUUUCUAUGAUUUUGAGGUGAAUGAUGAGGGGGAGUUGGUGCGUGUGUUCUGGGCGGAUGCCACCAGCAGGAAGAACUAUAGUCACUUUGGUGAUGUGAUAUCCUUCGAUUCUACAUACACCACUAAUCAGUAUAACAUGAUAUUUGCACCAUUUACAGGGGUUAAUCAUCACUUACAAAGUGUCUUUUUUGGUGCUGCAUUCUUAUCAAAUGAGAAGGAUGAGUCAUACAUUUGGUUAUUUCAGACCUUCCUAACAGCAAUGGGAGGGGCAGCACCUAGACUCAUCAUAACCGAUGAAGCCACUAGCAUCAAGAAUGGUAUUGAUAAAGUUCUUCCAACAACUGUGCAUAGGUUGUGCAUGUGGCAUAUAAUGGAAAAGGUUCCUGAAAAGGUUGGACCUUCGAUUAGAGAAGAUUCUGAUUUUUGGACAAGAUUGAACUCGUGUGUUUGGGGUUCGGAAACUUCAACUGAGUUUGAGUCACAAUGGAAUUCCAUCAUUACUGAUUUUGGGUUGGAGGAAAAUGAGUGGUUGGCCAAGAGGUUUAGCAUUCGAGACACAUGGAUACCAGCGUACUUUAUGGAUAUAUCUCUAGCAGGCAUUCUUCGAACCACUUCAAGAUCAGAAAGUGCAAAUUCUUUUUUUAACCGCUUCAUUCAUCGAAGGCUCGCUUUUGUUGAGUUUUGGUUGAGGUUUGACACAGCUUUAGAAUGCCAACGUGAGGAAGAAUUAAUGGCAGACAACAGAAGCAUACAUACCACCCCUCAACUAUUUACACCAUGGACAAUGGAGAAACAAGAGUAUUACACAAGGUGUGGGGGUAAAAAAUGUGACCCUGAGAGGUCGGUCUGGUAA